UCCGAGAGAAGAGGUCAUAUAAUGGAGUCGGAGUGAUGGAGUUGGCGAUGAAGUCGGAGAGACGAAUCGCAAAAAGCAACGUUUUUGGUUUGAUCCUGCUUGUGUGUUGAACCCGAUCUCACAGAGGAAGUAGACAGAACGAUAUGCAGUGAUGAAGAGGGUGCGGGCGGAGCAGAUCCAGUACACCGUGGCUCAGUACCUCAAGCGGCGGCAGUAUGUGGAUGUUGAGAGUUCCCUGAAGGGCGCCAAGCUCUCUCAGACUGCAGAGGAGAUGGCAGCUAACCUCACAGUUCAGACAGAGUCUGGCUGUGCCAACGUUGUCUCGGCAGCUCCUUGUCAAGCUGACCCUCAGCAGUAUGAACUGCAGUUUGGCCAGCUACACAGCUUUCUCUCUGGUAAGUUGAAUGGGCUGGAGCCGGCCGACGUGCGGGCCGCCAUCCUCCAGAACGAGGCGGCGCUGGAGUCGCUGCAGGACUGCCUCAAGCGCGUGAAGGAGGGGCCCCCCUCGCUCACCACCGUCUGCUUCUACGCCUUCCACCACACCGAGCAGCUCCUCAACACGGCCGAGAUCUCCGGCGACAGCAAGCUGCUGGCCGCCGGCUUCGACUCGUCCUGCGUGAAGCUGUGGAGCCUGCGGGCGCGCCGGCUGAGGGCCCAGCCCCACGUGGUGGACGUGUCCCGGGUGCACCUGGCCUGCGACGUCCUGGACGAGGAGGCCGAUGACGAGGACAGCGCGGGCAGCGAGAUGAAGAUCCUGCGGGGCCACUGCGGCCCGGUGUACCGCACGGCCUUCCUGACCGACAGCUCCGGGCUCAUCACCUGCUCCGAAGACACCACCAUCCGCUACUGGGACCUGGGCAGCUUCACCAACACCGCCCUCUACCAGGGGCACGCCUACCCCGUGUGGGACGUGGACAUCAGCCCCUGCAGCCUGUACUUCGCCAGCAGCUCCCACGACCGGACUGCGCGGCUCUGGACGUUCGGCCGCACCUACCCGCUGCGCCUGUACGCCGGCCACCUGGCGGACGUGGACUGCGUCAAGUUCCACCCCAACUCCAGCUACCUGGCCACCGGCUCCACCGACAAGACUGUGCGGCUGUGGAGCUUGCAGCAGGGCAACUCGGUCCGCCUCUUCACCGGCCACCGCGGGCCCGUGCUGGCGCUGGCCUUUUCUCCCAACGGCAAGUACCUGGCCUCCGCCGGGGAGGACCAGCGGUUGAAGCUGUGGGACCUGGCGUCGGGCACCCUCUUCAAGGACCUGCGGGGCCACACCGACACCAUCACCAGCCUGUCCUUCAGCCCCGACAGCAGCCUGGUGGCCUCCUCCUCCAUGGACAACUCGGUCCGGGUCUGGGACAUCCGCAACGCCUACUGCAGCGCGCCGGCCGAUGGCUCCUCCAGCGAGCUGGUGGGCUUGUACACGGGCAACACCAGCAACGUGCUGAGCGUGCAGUUCAUGGCCUGCAACCUGCUGCUGGUGACCGGCACGGCGCAGGAGAGCCAGGAGCAUUAGCAGAGAGACCGCCCUGUGACUGCUCUGCGGAGCCUCGCCCCAGACCUCCUCCUUCAAACCCGGGAGGGCUUGGCGGGGAAAUUUCUUAGCUCGUGCUCUAAGGGAGGCUGAUCUGUGCCAAAAUGUAUUUGCUAUUUUUUUAGCAGAAGAAGAAUUAAAUCUAUUGACCCUAAAGGUUUUCGCUUUCCCUGCUGCUUCAUUUCCGGCUUGCGGUGCGACUCGCGCUCGGGGCGUUUGUUCUCUUCCGGAUGGAGGAUUGUUUUGUGGGAUGAUUUAAAGGCUCGGCGAGUACCCCAGGAAUAUCGGCAGAUCGCGUCCAUUCCUGGAGACGGCCGGACGUAUCCCUGUUUGUGUGGCUUCAUUUAUGUUGUGUAGACGCUUGCGUAGCCGAGGUCAUAGAUCGUCUAGGAGUGGAGAUGAGAUCAGGUCGCCCGGGAUUUUGUAGCUUGGGUGCGAUCAUACUGUAGCUUCGUGUCCUAGCUAGUCUGCCACGUGACCCCCACAUGGGAGUGCAGUAAUGGGCCGAGACGGCCUGUACCCAUGUCAUCGCAGCGUCAUGGCAACACACUGAAGUACAAUAUCAUCCUUGU